CAUGAGGCCAUAGUCUGAAGCUCUCAUCAAGGCUUCCUCAUGGGGUGGUUCCGCUCCCUCUUCUCCCCUCUGAGGAAGCUCAUGGUUCGCGCACAUUCCGCGCGGAAAUACAGGAGGGGGAUGCGGGUCCUGUACAAGGAUGUGAAGUCCUGCCAGGAUGAAGAUGUACACGUCCUAUGGUCCAUCCUAGUCGACUCGCACCGUCACCCCGCCAUGGUGAAGCUGAAGCUCUAGGGUCUUGCAACGAUUGCAGCCAUGGUGGAUGCGUGAUUUUCGCCGGCGAACCAGCCAUUAUCUUUUCGUGUAGAACUGCAUAGUUCCAAUGGCAAUGGCGUCAAGAACAAGAAGAGGAGAGAAGGAGAGGCAGAUGAGUUAGAUGCUUUCCU